UGUUAACAAGAAAUUUGUGGAGUGGUUGAAAAACUAGUUUUAAUGACUCCAACCUAACUGUAUGUAAACUUCCGACUUUACUAAUUGAGAUAUUCUUAUAAGAUAUUCAAAAACGCACUCACACAUCUGACUUAUCUUGUUGCAGGCACGUGGGAAUAAUGUGAUAACGUCAAAGGAAAAAGAAACCCACACACUGCUCUUGCUCAUCAUUUUUAAAAUCCAAGAUUACAUGAGAUAUUCUAAAAAGACCAUAGCGUUGCUACUAGGUAUGUGUGAUGAGGAGAUGAGUGUGUGGAUCUGUAAACCCAUGGGCCUUCAGCAGGGGCGGGCAUCUUCCUCCUGAAGAACCAGGUUGAUAUCUCAGCCUUUAGACUCAAGCUGCAGAACAUCGCUGAGAGUCAUUGCAACAGGAAGCUGCUUUUUCGCCUGCCCCAGGAAUGCAUCGUGCAGCGGUAUGUCCAGAACACUCUGCUCCUGAAGGCGAGAAAGUUUGACGUGUGCUUCUAUUUCCUCAUUGCCUGCGCCACACCCACACACCUGUUCUUUCACCAUGGUUACCUGCACUUCCUGUGACCUUUAUGACCCCAACCCCCACAACCCCUCUUCCCAUUUGACCAAUAAGAUGAGUAGAAAAAAGAUGCUUCUCUUGCUCGGCUUGCAAAAUUAUUUUGCAUCCCCUGACCUGCAAAUUUAGUAAUAUAACCUGACAUUCACUAUUUUUGAAUCAGGUAGUCAACAGAUGCAUCGCCAUAGAAUACUGCAUGAAAAUAGACCAGAAAGAAACCAGGUCAUAAAAUAAUGGUACCAGUCCACUUUCAACAACUCUCUCUCUCUCUGGCCCAUUCAUGUGUAUCCUGAUCCCCUUGCUGUUUCCCCACAGUACAAGCAGAAGAAAAACCCUCUGUACAGUGUGCUGAAGGAGGAGACCGACUUGUUCAUGGACUGAUUUAACACCUACAUCAAUGACAAGCUCAGGGUUGACAAGGGUCUGCCUAGGGAAUGGGUGCUGGGUACUAGGUAUUUUGACCUGAUUGGGUGACUUCAUGAUUGACGAGAACUUUAAGGCUAAUUGGUUUUUAAUACACAGUGUGUGUGUGGGUUUCAAUGUAUUAGUGAGCAAAACGGCAGUACACUUCCAAGUCCAGCACUCAAAUAGUGCCUCCACUAAAAAAGCUCUCCACCACCAGCAGGACUCAGAAGGCCAAGUCUGUAGCAUCAGUGUCUGGGGAGGUAAUUGUAGAAACAUAGUUUCUCCUACAGUCAUGAUGGCUGUCUCUGAAUCCCUCACUGGCACUGAUACCACUCAACCGCUGCCGACCCUCCUGUCCCUGUCACUACACUUAAUGAUCCAUCCCUGCAGGCUGCUCCCAACCAACCCACAGGCCCAGCAGGCACCCCCAGAGCCCAUCCCACCCCAAAACCCAGUACUCGGCCCCCCAAGCGAGACCGCACUCAGCUGGAGCUCCGGCUCAGCAAUUUCUGGCAGUGGCUCCCGGGGGAACACGCAACACUGCAAGCCCCUAGACCUCCUGCAGGUGAAGAGCACCUUCAUGACCCUUUCCAUUCCGGCUCUGAGUGAAGGCUUUCACCUCUCUGUGCGACGCCUGCCAGUCACCAAAGCCUGCCCCCACGCCCACCCCGACCAGGCCCAGCCCUUCUGCUACUCCGUAAGGCCCAUCCUGUUCCACCUGGCCCAGCCGGCACCAGCUGCCCCGUGUGGACAGACAAACAGGAGAAGGAAGGGGGGCAGGGAAGAGAGGGGGGCCAGGAGCCAGGAGCCAGGUGAAGACACACAGAGCUCAGCCAAGGAAGAGAAAGAUGAGAAAGAGCACACAGAGCUGUGAUAUAUUCACACUGAGACACUCAUUUUGGUUAGUUGGCAGCAAUAUGGAACCUCGUCAUGAAAGGAAUCCCGCUUAGCUUUUCAUUACAGAAAAUCCCUAGAUCAUGUAUGAAAAUAAUAAAGUAUGUUUAUCCUCUGACCAAAACAGAUGAUUCUGUCUUUGACGCUUUGCAUUUUGAGGUGGCUUCAACAAUACAAUUGCACGAUCAGUAUGACAACUGGUCCUAGCACACCUACUCAAAACUGUUCUAAUCUGUAACAACAAUAACAACUGCAGCACAAUACACACACAACCGUGUUGAAGCUGUGGCUUGUUUUUAUGACUGCUUUGUCUCUCAUGUAAACAGGAGGAUUCUUUCAACAACAGUCAACAGUGUCUCUUGUUUCUCAAUUGCUUAAUCUGCAGAAUUCUAAAAGGGAGGCUGACAGGCUUCAGAAGAAGUUAAGUUUUCUUUUUGACACCGUCAAAGUGAAAAGACCACUGAGGAAGUUGUGUGGUUCUCUGGGUGGUCUGAGUGCAAACUGACAGGAAGGAAGAAAGAGUGCACUGUUACGCUGCUCACACUUUUUUGCUUCUUGACUAAACUCAUCUCAGGAACUUUGGCACCUUUUUCUUGGUAUUUUAGGGAUAGUGAUAUUGUGUUUUAGGAAAAAGGGGGAACUAAGAAGUUAAGCGACAAGCGUGUCCUCUUUUCCUCUCCAUCCCCCCUCCCUCUCUCUACAUAUCCCCCUGUCUGGUCUUAGUGCGGUGCAGAAGCUGUGGGGAUGGGUGCAGAUGGAGGCAAAUGGUACAGUAUAGUUAGUGUGAGGACUAGGGCCUGAGGGUGAAGGAAAGAGUUCUCUGUCUGUCUGGACUGGACUAGGCUUCAAGAGGAGAGGAGAGGGCUACCUGGUCAUGGGAUGCUGUAGUGUGACUCAGAGAGGAGCGCAUUCUGGGAUUGACGAGGUGGGCCCUGACGAGAUCGAGCUUCUGGAGAUUGACAACUCAGGGAUGUGGACUCUAGGAGAGAGCAGGCUUCAGCUCUCUGUGAGGAAUGGAAAAGACGGUCCAACCUCUCGCUACCCUUCAGUGAGACACCUCGAUCAGGAGAUUGUGCUAUGGGGCAGGACCAGAGAGGAGCUAUACCACAGCAUAUACAACCAGCCCAUCCGUGAUUGGGAGGGCCAGCCUGCACACAUGUAUGGAGAGAUAGUGCACUCCUCCCGUGUGUCUCUCCACAACAGCUACACACAGGAGACAAGUGAACACUAUCUGGUGCUGUUCUCCUUCCACUUAUUGAUUCUAUAUCUGGAUCCCUCUCGUCAAGACUUUAUCUACGAGGGCAUCCUGCCUCUCUCUGGACUGUCUUUCCAAGCCACCUCACUGGACUCCAACAAGCAACACAUAUUCCAGAUCAGUGGUCCAAUGGUGGACUCCAAAGUCUUCACCUGUGCCAGUGCAGCCGAGCUGAACAAAUGGAUACACCACAUGGAGGAGAGGCGAUACAAAUCCAUUAGUCAACCGCUAAGCCCCUCCAGCUGUGCGCUGUCUUACCUGGUACCCUGCGAUGAGAGCUGGAAGAAAGAGGAACUGAAAAAGUAUUUACUGCAAGCCCCAAUAAGGCACUGGGAAGGGACCCCCAUCCAGCACAUGGGCCAACCAGGAUACAUAUCCAUGGUCCACAUCUUCAAUACACAGAGACAGGGACUUCAUGAGCGGCUACUCGUACUCUUCCCUCAAGAUAUCCUCCUGCUCUCUGUGGAUAACGAGCGCCUCAGUGUGAAAUAUGAGGGUAAAUUGUCUCGGAAAAGCAUCGCAGCCGUGGAGAGGUCUGCAUUACCUGGGAGGCUGGAAUUUGAGUUAACAGGUGAACUGAUGGAGCCGCUGCAGGUAUCCUGCACCUGUCCUGAAGACUAUCAGAACUGGAUCUUCCAGCUACAACAGCUGGAAAAAAACCUCCAAGCUACCUCAAACUACACGGCUCCACCCCUCAUGCCGAAAAAACUGUGGAGCAGGAAGGAGUCCCGGGAACCAAUGACAGUAGCACAAGACUGAGACUCACUGGCCAAUGGCCUCACUCAAUAGAAGACUCAUGCCUCUUUUCAUCAAUAGACACUGAAAUUGUGGAUAGCAUGUACUGUAUACAGUGUAUAUGCAUACAUUAUUCAGUCGGGUACAACGAAAUGAAGAGAUUCUGGUGAAAUGUCUUAUGCUGUAGGUUACUGUCUGUAGAACUCUGCUUCACUAGUGACAUUAAUAGCAAUGGAUAGGCUAAAUUAGGAGUAUAUUUUUAGUGCACUGAUCUUACAAUAUUUUUCGUCAAAUCGUUGUUUAAACCAAAAUAGAAAAUGUAGUGCUGUUCAUGACCUUUUCCAUAUUUUCUAUUAGGUUGUUCUUGAUACUGUAUGUACAAACUCAAUAAAAAACUUUUUUUUCAUCACUA